UAAAAAAAAAUUAUUAUAUAUUUAUAUGGACUAAUAUAUUUUUCAAAAUUUUUUAAGAAUGAUUGUGAUGAUGACAUGUGAUUACAAAAAUAUGUUUUAAUGCUUCUCUUUUAAUAUAUAAGACAUUCGUAACUUACAACCUUCCCUGUAGCCUUCUAUAAAUUUCCCAAGCAAAACACUUUCUUUCAAAGAAUUAUCUAUACGAUGGAUCACUUAAAUACAAACGUUACCGCAUCCAUGAUCGAGGCUCUCAUGAAUUCUCCCUCUUCCGAUUCCUGGCCGCCACUAUCUCCGGCGAAUCCCAGCCCGGACAGUGCUCUCCAGAAGCGGUUACAAGCUGUGUUAGAUGGAACACAAGAAGCUUGGACCUACGCCAUUUUCUGGAUGCCGUCGUACUACGACUUUUCCGGCGACUCGGUGCUCAAAUGGGGCGACGGAAUUUACAAAGGCGAAGAAGCUGAUAAGACUCGGCGGAGGAGGAGGACGGUGGCGGAGAAUGAGCACCGGAGUACCAUUUUGCGGGAGCUUAGCUCGAUGAUCUCCGACGAAGCUUUGCUAGUGAUGGGGGACGAAGACGAUCUGGAAGUUUCGGAUCCAUCGUGGUUUUAUUUGACUUCGAUGACGGUUAGCUUCGGUAGUGGGUCCGGGUUACCGGGUAAGGCGUUCGCUACAUAUAAACCAGUUUGGGUAACCGGGUCGGAUCAUAUAAUGGGGUCGGGUUGUGAUCGUGCUAAAAAGGGUGGUGAUUUAGGGUUGCAAACCAUCGUAUGUAUUCCUUUGGAUAACGGAGUGUUGGAGCUAGGAUCCACCGCGGAGAUCCAACAAACCCCGGAUCUUUUUAAUAAGAUCCGAGUCGUCUUUAGUUUCGAAGGAUCCAGAGAUUUUUCGGGUGACCCGAAUUCAAACUCCUUCCCGCUUUUCUCAACUCAGUUAGAUAACGGUGGUGGUUCAAGUACCGUAACCUUUAGCCCGUAUCCUGGUCCAUUUUAUCCACAAAUCCUGAAUACUUUAUCUGAGGAAAUAAAUUUCAACACGUUAGAGGGAGAUCACUCCGGCGAAAUACAUACUGCGAACCGGAAUGCUUAUCCCGGUCAGAUACAAAACGAUGACGGGCACAUUGAUGAUUUCGUUCACUCUGACAUAGAAGCUACCGUGGCGCCGGAUAACAAACGGAAAAAGAAACGCGGGAGAAAACUUGCAAACGGUAGGAAAGAGCCGUUGAAUCACGUACAAGCGGAGCGGUUGAGACGCGAGAAGCUAAACAUGCGAUUUUACGCGUUACGAGCGACUGUGCCAAACGUAUCAAAGAUGGACAAAGCAUCGUUGCUAGGAGACGCGAUUUGUUACAUCAACGAGCUGAAAUCGAGGGCGGAAAACGCGGAAUCAAAGAAAAACGCGAUUCAAAUGGAGCUCAACAAACUUAGGGAGGAGCUCGCUGGACGAAACGCGGUCUCCAGCGUCUGUAGGGGGGAGGGAAACGCAUCGGAGAAUGAAACGGCUAAUAUUGACGUGAAGAUUCUUGGUUGCGAUGCGAUGGUUAGGCUGGAAUCGAGCAAGAGAAAUCAUCCUGCGGCGAGACUGAUGAAUGCGUUUAUGGAUUUGGAUGUUGAGUUGAAUCAUGCUAGCAUUUCGGUGAUUCAUGAUCUUAUGAUUCAACAAGCUACGGUGAAGAUGGGAUCGAGAAUGUACACGCAAGACCAGCUUAGGGCCAUGUUGGUCUCCAAAAUUAAUUAGGGAUAUGUUUUUGAGAAUGUUGUGAUUCUUCUCGUGAAUUUACAAACCUAAACACUCAACAUUGGUAAGAAUAUUUGUGGUUUUAAAGAUCGAGUUUGUCUUUCCAUAUUUAUCGGGGCCUCGGGGGUGGUGGUGCAUCUCUUAAACUCCAAAAUAGUAUACCUCACGAUCGGUACGUAAAGAGAUGAUUGAUUUGGUCUUACGUAACUACACGUAUCUCUAUUAUUAAAAUAGAAGUACCCAUUAAAAAAUACCUUUUAGUUUUUAAAGUUAAUUACACUUUCAUGCCAAUAAGAAUUAAAUUGAAUUUCCUAUUUUAAUGCUUGUCUUUUUCAGUUAGAUUAUUGUGUUUUCCUUAUUCAAAUAUAAACUUAAUGUCAUUAAAUGAGCCUAUUUAUUUUAAUACUUGUCUUUUCCAGUUAAAUUAAUGAGUUUUCUUUAAUCAAAUUUAAACUUAAUGUCAUUAAAUGAACCUAAAAAUACAUCAUAUUUAACGUAGCUUAUUACGGACGAGU